AUGGGUUCCAACAAUUUUGAGAUCUUCCACCGCCAGGCGUUGCUCCAAGACGACCAGGAAAUCCGCCUUUUCUUUACUGAAGCACAGCCUUCUGGAAAGAAAAAGGGGACCAUCCUCUUGAUUCACGGCUUUCCUCAAACCUCCUAUCAAUUUCGGCAUGUCAUUGGGCCACUUUCUUCGGCGGGAUACCAUAUCAUUGCCCCAGAUUAUCGAGGUCACGGCUACUCGUCUCAUCCUUUAUUACCAGUCGCUUCAUUUAGCAAAAAGGAGCUCGCAACUGAUAUAUUCCGGCUUGUGACCCAAUACCUUGGUAUCAAGGAUAAGAUCCAUGUCGUCGGCCAUGACAUUGGGGGUAUGAUUGCCCACGCUUAUGUGGCACAAUAUUCUCAGCACGUGGAAAGUAUUGUAUGGGGAGAGUGCCCUCUUCCAGGGACGACGCUCUUCGAUCAACUGAAGCACUCGCGCACCCAUUGGCAUUUCGACUUCCAUGGUCAUAAUCCAGAGAUUGCAGUAGCAUUGGUCACGGGGAAAGAGAAGAUGUAUCUGAAGCAUUUUUUCGAUCGUCUGACGCAGAAUCAGUCAGCCUUCACACCGGAAGUGGUCGACUUCUAUACGAUGCAAUAUGCCAUGCCAGAUGCUUUAAGAUGCGCCUUUUUCACCUACAGCUCUUUCGGAAUCGACGCCGAUGACAACAAAGCCUGGCGUGAGAGAAAUGGAAAGGUCACAGUUCGCAAUAUGGUCCUAUCCGGUGACAGAAGCUGGGCUGCGGAUGGCGCGGAGUCGAUGGCAAGCGAGAUGUAUGUUGAACCAAAAGUUGGUAUCGUGGAGAACAGUGGACACUACCUCGCUGAAGAGAAUCCUGAAGCCUUUGUGAGGGAGAUUCUGGGCUUUGUGGACGUCUAA